AUGAGCGGCGUUGCUGGGGGGAGGCGUGACCAGCGCGCAAGCAGCGAGACAGAGAUCGAAUGCGAUGAGCUGCAGCCCAUGGCCGAAGACGAGAGUAGCGCAGGAUGGCGACGACUGCUCAAGAUGCCACCGCAGCCUACAUUAGCACCUGUAGCUCCUGCGUUUUCGCUGCACGAUCUUGCACAGAAGAAAGAGCCUGGGACAGAGGAACAAGCGGCACCAUCGACGCUAGCGGGUCACGUCAUGUGGAAAUUCUCCAUGCGUAUGUCAUCGUACAAUGAGAGUCAUUUGUUACAACACAUUUCCCGCUCAAUUUUUAAUCGUGGAUCUCAGAAGCAUGACGAUCGAUUCCAGCUCGAGUGCGAACCUGAUGCUAGAGCACAAUCAAAGCCUAAGAAGACAACAAGGAUAUCGAUCCCAGGACUUAGGAGGGUAGACGAUGAUGCCAACCGUCAAAACUGUGGACAGCCCAUGGAUCCAGACGCCAUCACAUACCCCGAGACAGGACGACCGUCUUCUGCAACUGCGACUACAGUAGGUUCUGCUUCGGCAUCGUCAGCGUCGUCGGCUACUGGCGCAGGCAUCCUGCCGCCAAUGCCACCACUCGUGUUCUCGCCAACUAAAGGACGAGUACAUAAGCGAGUACGCAGCAUGACGUUAGAGCAGUAUACCAAGUGGAAUUACACUGGACUGCGUCCAGGUCUUUCUGUGCGAGUAGUGCGCUGUGAGACGGUAAGUUCUAUGCCGAGCGUCACGGAGUAUGUGUUACACGUUGUGGAUCUGCACACCCGUGUGUUCUGGAUUACAAAGAAGCGAUAUAGCGAUUUUUACUUUCUCCGGCGCAAAAUCCGUGGAAUGAUUCGACGUGCGCCGGAAACGGACGAUGAGGAAAAGGACUAUUUACGAUUUCUACUGGACUUGCCAUUCCCACGGCGACGAUUUAGACCUGCAAGUGCUGCGGCAGUCACACAUGGUAUGGGUGAGAUUGAGGUCUUUUUGAGAAACUUGGGAGCUUUGGAGCCCCAGUCUCGUCUUCAGCGAAGCAUUUUGAUGGAGUUGCAGCUCGAGAUGUGCUCAGCUGAAUUUGUGUCGUCAUUAGAGAAGAUUGACACGAGCGGUGAGCCGAUUGAACCCAAGUGGCUUACCUACGAUCUGUUUCGACGCCUUAACUGUGAGGGUGCUGUUGAGGGAAGCACGUGCUACCGAUUUUUGCACGUAUUCCGCAACCGUGUAGCCACAAUCGAAACGGCAGUAUGCAGCAAUUUGGAAGGGGCGAUGCUUGCGGCUUCAGCUGUCAAGGACCUGCGCAAUACGGUUACGAGCAUUGAAAAGUACAUUUCAGAACAUUUGGACCCGCAGUACGCGGAUACACUGUCAUUGUUGGACCAGAGCGUUGAUGUCUCGUCCGUUUUAGAUGACUGCGUGUACCACGCUGUGGAAGACACCAUUUUUGUACCGCUUGAAAAGCAGGUGAAUUUUCUUGUAAGCGAGACUGUUGACAAGGAAGUCGAACAGCGUUUAGCGCAUAACAUUGAGCGCUUGAAGUGCAGGUCACAAAUUGAGAGCGGUAUUCCGGAGCAUUUGCAGUCUGACGAAGACUGGGGACUCUCGUGCCACCACCUGAGCACAAUUGAUGAGCGAACAUUACCUAUGGACAAGAUCCAGGAGCUGCUACGUGCGGCGCUGGAGAUUUUUAAAAGUUGUGGAGAGAAGAAUCUGGACUGGCAUGAUAAUUCAGCACUGACUGCAGAUGACUACCUUCCUAUCCACAUUUACGUAGUGGUAAAGAGCGGGUUGAAGCGACCUCUUGCUACGAAAGAGCUGUUGGGUGCCAUGAUCCACCCAUCCUUGAUGCUGGGCGAGGUGGGCUAUUUUCUCACAAUGUUUGAGGUCGCGCUCAAAUACAUUGCCGACAUGUAA